AGACGACAUCUUGCUUCGUCUGUCCCUCAAGUCCCUACGUCCCUCACGUCAUAAUACCUCGCAGAACCAGGAAUCGACCACAUGAUGAAGAACUGGAAAGUCGGACUGUUCUACAUAUAUAUCUGCUUCUUUCUUCUUCCUCUUUCUUUUUCACCGUCUUGUCCGAUGCCCCUGGUCAAUUCGAUUUUCUCUCCUUGAAGCUUAUUAUAAACACUAUAUAUUAUAUCGGCAUCGAAUAUACCCGUCGUUUCCCAGUCUGUCCGUCUUACUGCCACACUCAUGGAGCACCUCAGCGUUGGCACCUGGGCAGCCCAGAAUCCCGUCGCAACUAUUAUGGCAUCCGUGGCCCUGUUCCUCCUGCUCUGGGCAUGGAAAGUGAACCAUGCCAUGAGUACCACGCAUCCGGAUCUCCUCAAGCUGACCAAGGGACCGUGGCUUGAGGAGGAUAUCAAGAGGGUCUACCGUCGCGUCGAGGAAGCCCCAUGCGACUGGAAGCCUCAUCUCCCGCCUAAGCGAGAGAGGCGAUACAUCGUCGUUGGCGGUUCGGGUCUAGUUGGGGGUUAUAUCGUCCUCCAACUCCUCCAGCGCGGACAACCGCCUUCCUCCAUUCGCAUCGUCGACGCCCGGCCACCCGUCCGCGAGGAGCUUCUCGCCGGCUCGGCCGCCCACGUCGAUUUCGUCCAAGCCGACAUCACCUCGGAAUCCUCCACCCAAGCCGCAUUUGCCAAACCCUGGGAUCCUUCCGUCGGGGGCCUGCCUCUAACCGUGUUCCACACUGCCGCCGUCAUCCGGCCCUCGGAGCGUAGCCCCCUCGUCUACGACCGCUGUGCCAGAGUGAACGUGACGGGCACCGCGCACGUCCUCGCUGCGUCCCAACGCGCCGGCGCAGACGUCCUGAUCGCCACCUCGAGUUGCAGCACCAGCCUACGGCCCGUCACGUGGUUCAACGCCCCCUGGUCUCGCUGGCCGACCAACUACGUCCAAACCAUGACCGAGGACGACUUUUUCGCCCCGCUCCGCCGCCACGAGGAGUUCUUUGCCAACUAUGCCCGCAGCAAGGCCGAAGCCGAGCGGCUCGUCUGCGCAGCCGAUGCCCGUGGUGGUAGUGGUGGAGGUAGUGGCGGCGGUAGAGGUAGCGGCGGCCCCGGGACAGCCCUGCGAACCGGCGUCAUCCGCCCGGGCAAUGGCAUCUACGGCGCCUCGCCCGACGUCAUCGUCACCCCGGUCUUAACAAUGGACGCAUUCCCCACCUUCUCGGCCCCGUGGGUUCAGAACUGGGUACACGGCGGCAACGUCGCCCUGGCCCACCUCGACCUCGAAGCCGCCCUCCUGGGUCCCCACGCCGAUGCCGUCGCGGGACGGCCCUUCCUCGUCACCGACGAGGGCCCCCCUCCGCGCUUCGCCGACUUCUACACCGCCCUGCGCACCGUCUGCGACCCGAGCCCCGCGGUGCACUACCCGCCGCCGGUGUUGCUGCUGGCCCUGGCGACCGUCAUCGAGGGGUGGUGCCUGCUGCUGUGGCACGUGCCCGUGCUGACGCGCCUCGGCCUCCGCGAGCCGCCCAUGCCCCUAUAUCUGCUGCAGCGUCCGUGCCUCAACGGCGCCAUCAACUGCAUCAUCGACGACCGGGCCGCCCGGAGACCCGUGCACGAGGGCGGCAUCGGGUACCACGGGGUCUGUACGACGAUGGAGGGUCUUUGCAUGCAGCUCGCGGACUGGAACCGUCGGCGACAGGCAAGGGGAGGGGAGAAAUCAUCCUCGGCGGUGGGAGCGGCGCUGAAGACGACUAUCAAGAGUGUUGCCGAGGUCGGGUCCGACCCGGCCGCGAGACGAGGCUAGGGGACAGGGAAAGGGAAAGGGACUCGGAAGUUAGAAGACCAUUUUAUCGUGAUGACUACCCCGUAAUAUAGAUAGUGAACUCAAGAUAUAUGCCUUGACGCUUACGUCUAGAUCGAGGCCUUCAGGAGCA